CUGUUUAAAAAGAAGGAAAAGGCGGACGCGCUGCCGUGUUGCUCCCGUUGAAAAUGUUUAAAAAAUACAACUAAAAGGGCAUUGUCAACGAAAAAUAGCCGGGAAAAAACCAAGAGGUGCCUUUUGAAUUAAAAAGUGUUAAAUGUAGACAAACUCCUCAUUAUAAAUGUAGUUCACAAGCGAGCGGUGUUUUUUCGGUGUGUGGCGGUGGUUUUUAUUUGUUUUCGGUGAAAAAUUCAAAAAACCUGGCACUCAAGUACACAAUUUAGCCAAAAAAAUAAGAUAAACCAAUUUGAUGUGCCAACCAAGGAGGACGCAGCACAGCAACCGCCAAUCAGCCACUUGGAUCCGGAGUUAAAUGGCCAAGACACGCAGAAAACGCUUCCGUCUGAGCUGCCCGGAUAUAGAGUUAGACCCAAUUAGAAGAAGCCGCUAGGAUGGACAAGCGAUCGCUGUGCCUGCUGAUCAUCUGCCUGAACGUCUGCCUGGUCAUCUGGCUGGUCAGUGUGCAGCAGGUGACGCUGCUGGAGUCGGAGGUCGAUUUCGCCGGGAUCAGCAGCACCCUCCAUCCGCCUACGAGUGCCAACAGAGGAGGAGUAGCAGCAGCAGCAGCAGCAGGUGCGGCAGCGGGAACAGCUGGAGGAUUCGUACGAACCCGGGGUAGCCGGAGCAAACCAAACCAAAUACCAUACCAGCCUAGUCGCACACUUAGUCUUAACGAUAGCCUAGUUAGCAAUACAUUCGAGCGCCCGGCCACACCCUGGCCGACGACAUCCCGAACGCCCGCUUCUCCGGGCCAGAGCACCCACCUGAUGGACAUGCCCAAUUUCGAAUACAAGAUCAAUCAGCCAGCCUGUGAUAAGGACGUUAAGGCUCUGGUCCUGAUUCACUCGGCCAUUGACAACGCGGAGAAGCGGAAACUCAUCCGAGGAACGUGGGCGAAUCGCACUUACAUAAAUCAAACGCCGCUCCGGGUGAUGUUCCUGGUCGGAGCCGUCUCCGAUAAGUAUGUCCCCUCAUGGCAGAAGUAUAUCGAGUGGGAGAACAAGUAUUAUGGGGACAUGAUCCAGGGCAACUUCCUUGACGCCUACCGCAACAUGACCUACAAGCAUGUGAUGGCCCUUAAGUGGUUCACCGAGAACUGUGCACACGCACAGCUGCUGGUCAAGGUGGACGACGACGUGUUUGUGAACACUCCGCAACUGGUCAGAUACAUAAAGGAUCCCACGUUCCCGGAGCAUGCGCUCCUGGCGCAGCCGGACUUGUUGCUCUGCCGAUUGGUCAAGGAGUCGAGGGUCAAGCGAAGCUAUCGGUCCAAGUGGCGGGUGACCUACAAGGAGUACCCCCACCGCUUUUACCCGCACUACUGUCCCGGCAUGGCCAUCGUGUACGCCUCGGAUGUCGUUCGUCGCCUGUAUAAGGCGGCCCAGAAGGCCAAAUACUUCUGGGUGGACGAUGUGCUCGUCACGGGCAUACUGGCUGAGGAGACGGGCACAAAGAUCACCUCGAUGGAUCACUAUCUGGAGAGCAAAGACGUUUGGCAGCUCCUCGAGGGAGCGACCGACCUAGAUGACCCGCCCUUCCUCUUCACCAACCAUGCCGUCACCCCCGAGGAGGUCUUUGGCAUUUGGCAGAUGGCAAUGGAGCGCGAGCGCAGUUCAAAGCAAAGCAAAUCCCCUAAAGCACCCGCCUUCUCAACCGCAUCAGCAUCCUCUUCCACUUCCAACACCGUCGUGUCGGCGGUACUCAGUGCGAAUAUAUCGGAGGCGCAGACGAGCUCCGGCCACAGCUAGUUUGACUGGCAACUCAAUGGAUUACGUUUAGUUUCUUUGGCUGUUCAGUUUUAGGGUUUCGUUAAGCUUAGAUUUUUAUUUUGUAGUUAUCCAUAAUGUUAACUGAUUACUGAUAGGUAGCAUUUUUUGUAGGGACGAACACAACGGAACAUUGCGAGUCAAGUGAACCACCAACCACCUGCCUACAAUCAUUUGUAUCAUAUGGAACCGUAACUAAUCUAAGCAUUAUUCUGAUAGUCAUGUAUGUACAUCCAAUGCGAAUCGCUCACCAAUAAAAAAAACCAAGAGAGAA